AUUUUUUUUAUAUAUAUCUAUAUAUAACCUUUUUAUCUUUUUAACCAACAUCAAAAUGUGGUUGUCUCAUCAACAUAGAUGAGCUUAGCACAUAGCAUAAAUAAGUACAGGAAAGGAGGAAGUUGACCAAGGCUUGCUAAACUGUUAUUAGAGCACAAAGCAAAAAGGCUUAAAGUCUUAGGAAGGGUUAGCUGUGGCUGAACCGAUAUUCUAGCAGUACUACUGAACAUAUUUCCUAUAACUUCCAGCCACCAGGGCAGCACUGCAGUCAGUCAGACAUUUUUGCUCAGUGACUGAAGUGUCUGGGUUACAGAGAUGGUGAGUUAGGGCUCUGAUGAUAGACUGUAUAGAAGUGGACGUAGCCUCCGGGAUUGGGAUGCAAAAUUUGCAUCCCAAUUUCUAUCAGUCAUUGUGGCUGAUAGCUGAUAGCUUUAGUGUUAGCUAUGUUAAUGAUACCUGGUCCUGCCAUAUUUUAAGCAUCUUUUACGAUAAAUUAGUUUCUCCUCAUCGCCACCACUCAUCCAAAUAUGGUCACUUCUGGCUCCAAAAACAACAAAGAUGGCGACGAAAAUGCCAAACUGGCUGUGUCCACUUCUUUCAUACAGUCUGUGGCCCUGAUACCUUGUAUGACAGGUCCUGGAUCAGCACUAGGGAUAAACCUGCUAAUUGGCUAUAGGCUAAAUGACCCCAACCUUCCUCUUUAACUCCCUCUCUCACAUGCACCUGUGCACCUAUUGAAGCAGUCUGCGAAACAUACUUCCUUUGAAUCAAGUUACUGUGCAGUUGAACCUUCUUAAGUCCCGCCCCUUUUUGCUCUGUGUUCCAGUUACAGUUGAGGAAUGCUCGGUCAGAACUUCUGCACUUAGAUAUGCUAUGUGCUCGUCUAUGUUGAAAAGACACAUUUUGAAGAUGGUUAAAAGAUAAAAGUGACAUAUUAGCUAAUGUUAGCAAAAUGCUAGCUAGGUUCUGACCAAGGUUUGAGCAAAAAGAGGCGAGAUUUAGGAAGGGUCAAUUAAGGUUAAGUACUAUACUUUGUCUUUCUGUGAUCGAACUACAAAUAUCUGACUUCUUGUAGUUUUGCAUAAAAAUCCAAUUAUACAUCAGUAAACUGCUACUUCAGUCAAAUGGACAAAAUAAAAAUCUUUUUUCCCCCUCCACCAUCCUGAAUCUCAGCAUCAGGAACACCUGUGGUACCAAAAGGCAAGCCCUUCUUCUAAACCAGGUUUCAGACGACAUUUGUGAUUAGAAACUCUUCAGCAGACCUGCAGUGCAGAGAAUCGUGGAGCAGAGACUUUUUUUUAUUUCCCACAACACCUGUAUGAAGUGUAGAUUCACUGUUUUGUCGGCUUAACUGAGUAAUGCAAAUUAAGCUUUGCUGCUGAGAUAUUCAUCCACAGACUUCUGAUAGCUGGUCUCAACCUGUUGAACUCCAUUGGAAUGCAUAUGUUUAUACUGAAAUGUGUGUUUUCUAUGUUCACAGCCAUCCAUCUUAACUUGAAAUUAAAGUUUAUUAUCAAUCUCUGCUCUGUCUGGAAUCUAAAUCUUUAUGCUUGUCUUGUCUGCUUGAAAACAACCAACUAGAGCUGAGAAAGAUAGAAAGAUGCUGGUUGUUGAGUCUCAUUCCCAGAUUGAGACUCGACAACCAACUCGUUUUUCUCGGCUCUGAUUGGUUGUUUUCAUUCAGGACCCGGUGGAUUCUUGCAAAUCCCAUUAGGAGCACUAGGAGAAUCCAGAGGAAGCUGAUUUUUCACAGAUUUUCUGUCUCAUGUCCUACUGCCAGGUUUAGUGAAUGUUUCAACAAAUAGGCCACAAAGUUGUUUUUAUAAAUAUUCUCAACUGCAGCUUCUAUUGUGGCGAUUGCAACUUGGAGGGACUGACUAGUAAAGCAUACCUGCUCCACAGCAGACAGACCCAGUUAGAGACCAGCUGGUAAACAUAGUGGAGUGUUUAAAUAAAGUAAUAAGUAAAGUAAGUAACAAGUUUAACAGUCCUGCUGGGGGAGCCCUUGCAACUCCCUCAAGGACCCUUGGUGGUCCCCGAACCCUAUGUUGAGAACCACUGAAUUAGUGGAUGCUUAAAUGUAUUUUUAUUUUAGGCCAUAUGUUUGUUAUAAUUCUGCCAUUGUAUAUUUAACUGGAGCAUUAUUGUCUGGACAUUACAAACACCAACAGCACUUUAAGAGCUCUGAGGGGAAACAAAGCAGCACUUUGGAGCUAGACUAAAUAAUCUGGAAUGAAUGAACAUCCUGAAGAACAGUGAAGCAGCUGCACUGUAAGUCAACUAAAUGAUAGCCUUUAUAGGUAUAGAUUCAACAUGAGUAGAUUAACUAACAUCUAACCAAUAAUAUUGAUUUGAUCUGAAUUGAUCUACAUAGCCUAUCAAAUAAAUAUCUCAGUGAGUAACAAUGCUACAGUGUUAUUUGAAAUGUAUUCAAUGCAGUCAAUUAAAUAUAAAUAGUCCAUUCCAUCUGAGUCCAUACCUUCCUUUGCGCAUGUCUGUCUCUCUCUUCCUUUAAAAGCAUCAGGAAGGAAGAAAGGGGAAGAAAGGGAGGCGACCGCACAAAUACAAUGAUCUCAGAAACUGGGAACGACAAUCCGAAGGCCGACUAUCUCCGAUCCCAAGCGAGCUACUGCCCAGACUCCCCCGUCUCCUCUUCUCCGGAAUCCGGGCGGCUGAGCAGGAGGCGGGACACCCAGACCACCAGCGGCAGCAUCAUCCCGGAGGAGAGCGGCAGCAUCCAGCCCCUGGUCUCCUCCUCAGCCGCGGCCGCCGCCUGCAUCAUGACAUCGGGGGAGUUCAUCCAGAGCGCUCCGCUGCUGGCGCACAAAUCCAAGCGGAGUGUGCUCUACAAGGCGCUCUGCUUCCUCCUCCUCAUCUUCCAGGGCGGCAUUCUGGACUUCUACCUCAUCAUCUUCACCGACCUGUACUGGUGCUCCUGGAUAGCCACGGACCUGGUGGUGAUCUCGGGCUGGGGGAUUUUCUUCAUGAAGAACGCGCGGAGCAAGAGGGAGCGGGCCUGCGGCUUCCACCAGAAGAGCUCCAUCUUCGGCUGCAACCUCGGGGAGUUCACCUACGCCUACCUGGCCUGGCUCAUCUAUGUCAUCGCCUGUACUCCGAAGGUGGUGCUCAUCCUGGAGACCUCCAUCCUGGACCUGAUCGCGCUCAAGGUCCCGUGCGGAGUGACUGGCUUCAAGAUCAUCAUGCUGCUGUCCGCGCCACUGCUCUUCUGCCUCAUCAACUCCAUCAUCGAGGACCUGAACGGUGCGACGCGGCACCGCUCCCACAGCUGCUUCAUGAGCACCUGCCUGGACCUGCUGGACAGCUUCACGCUCGUAGAGAUGCUGCUGCGGAACGAGAUCCCCGUCGUCUACUUGAAGUACACCGUGAUUUCGGUGUAUUUCGUGGCCCUGGCCGUGCCGGUGAUCUGGCUCUACGAGCUGACGGCGUCCGAGCUGCGCUGCCGGUGGCUUUGGGCCCGCUUCUCCACCGGCCUGGUGGUCAACGCACCCCUGCUGGUGGUCAGGUGCUUCCAGGUCUACGUGUACAAGAUGCCGGUGUCGGUGUUCAUGUUCAAAAACAUCUUCUUCCUGGUGUGUAAGCUUCUGGAGCUGGUGGAGCAGUGCGCGGCGGUGCAGGGGGUCCGGAGGCUGGCCGGCGGGAGCAACCCGGCCCAGUUCUCCCACUGCGUGUCCGAGAACGACAUGUGUCCGCACGGGUACGUCAACACCCUGGCCGUCACCCAGUCUUAAGAGCCCGGGCUGAGGGCCCGGGCUGAGGGCCCAGGGUGCGCGAGAGCCGUCUGCCUGUGGCGAAGUCGUGGUGCGUUCCAGACGCAGCUGGAAAAUGGAAAAUCCCAGUUAUGUCCGAAUUGCAACCAACUA